ACCAUGGAUCCCCCAAUGCCCUUCUCGGCUUGAUGUGCCUGCCCCUCCCAGCCACCUGUUGGGGGCUCAUAUAACCCACCCCUCCCUGUCCCUAAGCACGGGCUCCCACGGGAUCCUUGUAGACAACAACAGGUACCUGAGAAGGCGAACAAUUCAGUAACAAACAGCCUGUCGGAGCCAGGGAGAAGAGAGGGCGGUGAAUUUAUCCAUUGCCCACAGUCAGCUUCUUCCUGGGCCUUUUCUCUUAUGCUGGAUCUGCACCUGUCCAUCUUGUCUCCAGUCGAGCUUAUUAAGUGACACCUUAUGGACAGGUAUUCCUGGAUGACCCCACAUCGUAAACCAUCUCUUGGAUGCUGUGGACUGCCAUCUUCCAGGCGGGUUGGGUGUUUUAUUCUUUUUUACCGGUAACACAAGAUCUCUUCUGUAGUGGCAUUGCCUGUCAGUUCCAUAAAGAGACUUGAUUCUGAAGAGGAGUCUCCCAAAGAAUCUCUUAUCCUGGGUCCUGCUCGUUGCUGGAAUAUUCUUCCAGGACGUACUGUCUGAACUUUACUCUUUGGAGAUAUUCUUUGGCUCUUUGUUGUUGCAUCCCUCUGUCUGAAGACUACGUCUUUUGAAUUCUCACCUUCCUCCGCUUCCAUAAAGGACAGCCGGUCUUGGGCGUUUCCGUCCGCAAGACGUGUUCCCUGACCCUCCCAGAGGGCGGUGGAAGAGCCGUAGGCUAGCAGCGGCCCAUCCACAAUGGCCUCUGCUGGGCUGGAGAUCUUGGCCAUGGGCCUAUGCAUCAUUGGCUGGGUGGGAACCAUCCUGGCAUGUGCCCUGCCCAUGUGGAGGGUCUCGGCUUUCAUCGGGAACAACAUCGUUGUGGCGCAGAUCAUCUGGGAGGGGCUGUGGAUGAACUGCAUUGUGCAGAGCACUGGCCAGAUGCAGUGCAAGAUCUACGACUCCAUGCUGGCCCUGCCGCAGGAUAUCCAAGCUGCCCGGGCUCUCAUGGUCGUCUCUGUGGUGCUGGCCAUCCUGGCGCUCUUGGUGGGCAUCGUGGGAGCCAAGUGCACUAACUGCGUGGACGACGAAGGUGCCAAGGCCCGCAUCGUCAUCACCUCGGGCUCGCUCUUCAUCAUCGCGGGGAUCCUCUGCCUCAUUCCCGUGUGUUGGUCUGCCAACUCCAUCAUCCGCGAUUUUUAUAACCCGCUGGUGAUCGAGCCCCUCAAGAGGGAGCUGGGGGCCGCUCUCUAUGUCGGCUGGGCAGCAUCAGCUCUGCUGCUCCUCGGAGGGUCACUUCUGUGCUGUUCCUGCCCACCACGGGAGGACCGUUAUCCAGCCCGCAUUGGGUACUCUGUUCCGGCCAGAUCCUCUGCGCCUCCAGGCAGUGGGAUUGACAAGCGGGACUAUGUAUGAGUGAGUGGGGUGGACUUGCCAGAUGUUGCUAGGCCCAAAUCCUGACAGAUGUUACUGCCCCCAGGACUUUUUACAGUUGAAAAAAAUGGGAUGAUGACAACCGGGGCAGGAUUGAGCCGUGAUAUCUGGCAAUUCUGGAAUGCAUGUGUGUGAGUGUGUGUGUGUGUGCAGGUGUAUGUGUGAGGCCGUGAACGAGUGGGAGAUUGGGAAAACAUGAACAAAUACAGGGGUAUGUGAGAGCAUGAACAAACAGUUAUGAAAGCGAUGAGUGCAGCAGCAAACACAAGUGGAAUGCGGAGACAGAAGUGAGGAGGCUGAGCAAACGGGAGGGAGCAAGAAGAUAGGAUAAGUAGACGGACGAGUUAAUGGCUAAGCGAGCAAAUGCGUGUGGGAAACGUCGGAGCCGAUGAACGAGAGUGGAUGGACGCUUAUGAACAAAAGCAAGGACAGGCCAAGGAGGUGGAAAAUUAAAUAUCAGAGAAAACAGGAAACAAACUUUGAGAACUGGCUGAUGUAUAAACAGUUUUGCUCUAAGAACAAACUGAUGUGAGGAGUUUGGUCAUGGCCAAAAUGAAAGGAAGGGGAGGAGACACAUGGCGAGCCAAAGAACAAGGGGAUUAAUAUAAAAAUGAAGGAAUGGGUGCUUGUAUGAUGGAAAGAAUGAGGGGAUGAAAGAAGUGUUUGUGUGUGUGUGUGUGUAAAUGGAAUUAAUUCAAGAAGAAAUGGGCCGAAAAUAUAAAUCAAGCCAAAACCCAGAGAUAAAUGAGGAAUCCCGAGGCAGGUGAAAAUUGGAGGAAAAGACAGACUUCACCACAAGGCCUGUGCAGGGAUGGCUUGGGCUCUGUGAGCUGGGGGUGGGGGGCACAUGGCAAGAGACCCUGACCCUGUCUUGCCUUGAACUGGCGCUGUUUGUUGGCUGGUUAAUAAUUUGUCAAGGAUUUGGCUAUUCCCAGGGGCCAGGACAAACAGAAGGGGCAGUUAUUCACCCAUAUUGCUUUCUAUCCAUCUACCACAGCGUGCCUCAAGACAGUGCUAGAAGGGACUUUGUCUCUCUCACACACCCAAACGCAUUAGGCCUCAGUCCCUUCACAGAGUUGGAAACAGAAGAAACCAGGUGUUCUGGCUCCUGCCCCCCCCCUCUGGUAUUAGGUAGGGGGGAUCCAAGGCUUCUUCCUCCCUCCCCCCCUUUUUUUUUCUUUUCCUCCAGCAUUUUCCUGAUGAAAAGGGGACGGGGAGCUUCCUGAGGUAACUUUAUUCCCGUGGACAAAAAGGGUCAUGGGGAUCCCUUUUUGUGGUGCCCUUCCCCAAACCUAGAGCUCUGUGUGGUGUUACUGGAAAUUGUAUUAUUCAGAUAAAGAAGAGAAAUGUUUGUAACCUAGAUGUCUCAGUCUUCUUUUUGGGGAUGGGGAGAAGGGACUGUGGGCCUUUAAAUAAAGGAGGGGGAAGCUAAUUAUCAAAGGAUGGAAAGGGUGCAGGAACAAGUGUGUGUGA